AUGAAGUAUAAAGUUUUCGUCAGUUUCAGAGGAAUCGACACACGAAGAACUUUCGUGAGCCAUCUUUUGCUUUCACUGUUUAAAGGGCAGUUUACAAGUUUCAAACAAGAAGAAGAGAUACCAUGGAAUCAACCAGCUUCCUCUCAAGCACUUGAGGCAAUUCAAAGCUCCAAAAUCGCGAUUGUAGUCAUAUCGAAGAACUACGCUGCUUCCAUCUCUUGCUUAGACGAGCUCGCGAUGAUUAUCGAGUGCAAGUUGUUGGUAAUACCAGUCUUAUACGAAGUGGAUCCUUCAGAUGUUUUAAGACAAGCAGAGGAUCUUGGCGAUGGAGACGACAACAACAACUUGGAGAAGGUGAAGAAGUGGAAAGAUGCACUUGCAAAAGCUAUUAAGAUUUACCAGCAAGAUUACUCGUCCUGGAAUAACGAUGAUGAAGACUCAUACUCGUACAUUAUCGACAGAGUUAUGAGCUACGUUUAUCAGAUGAGACAAAGAGCUUUAUUUAAGUCAGGUGAGACUUCACCACCAUCAGCUGCACCAAGUGAAGCGUGUUCCGACUUCAAAACGUAUAGCCGUCUCCUGCUGAUUCCUAUUGGAAUUGUCACCAUGGGGAUUGGGUUUGUUAGAGCUGCUCUCUGGAGGAUGGCUGGGAGAUUCAUGAAUGGACAAAAGCGUAUUACUAGUGUCAAACCUAGGCCUGCAUGGAGCUUGCACAAAGAUGAUGACAAGUAUGUUCCUGGCAACGAUUUGUCCCGGUUUGUUCGGUCUGAUCCCGGUUUCAGUAGCAUUGUUGGGAUGGAUCGGCACACGAGAGCAGUAACCGCAUUGCUCGAUGUGCAAACGAAUGGCACAGUUGAAGGAAUCGGCAUUUGUGGUGUGGGAGGAGUUGGCAAAACCACAGUUGCUAGAUGUGUUUAUGAAGAGAUCUCGCCACAGUUUCAAGAUCAUCACUACUUCAUGGUGAAUAGCGAAAACCAUCCAACAUGUUUACUAGAGGAGAUAACAAGAUCUGCUCUACUGUCAUCCUCAUCAGAUUCAGACUUAGACUCAGAGAGUCUCUAUGAAGUUGUGAAGGCGAAGCUCGGACACCGAAAGGUUUUGCUUAUCGUUGAUGGUGAGCUCAACGAUGAGCUGAAUCUCAUUCGCCAAAUCGAAACUAUCUUGAAGGUUUCCUCUUGGUUUGGUCCAGGGAGUAGACUGAUCUUUAUCAGCGAGUACAAGGGAUUGCUACGCCGGUGUGGAGUCGCAAGCAUCUACGAAGUCGAGCCUAUGAGACAUGACGAAGCUCUUCAACUCUUUUCUCUGUUCGCAUUCAAGCAAGAACACGUUCCAAGAUGUUUCUACAGGCUCUCUGUUCGUGCCGUCUUAGUCACCUGUCGCGUUCCGCUGGCACUCAAAGUAUUCGGCUCCUUCCUGCGCGGGAAAUGCAUCAAUGAGUGGGAGUUUGAGCUGUGUAGACUCGAAGCAUCUCAGGAUAACUGCGUCGCAAGGGUUUCUAGCUACAUCGGAGAGGCUUUUUCUUGA